AUGGGCCUGAGAUCCAGCAUUUUCAAACUCGCCAGAGGCACAACAGCUGUCGGCGCCACCUCGAUCGGGUGCUUCUACCUCUUUACCAGAAAAUGCCAGUGGCACGAGAUCAACGACGCGUCCGAUUCGAUCAUGACCUCGCGGUUCUUCGACAAAUACAACCCGUGGCACAAUCCCACCCUGAUCGAUGUCUGUGUCCGUCGCGUGCGCCUGUCGGACCUGCCCCCGGAGCUCGUUGGCGAUAUGCGGCAGGGAGGAACGAAACUCAUUGAGAGGUUCUGUGGAAGCGUCUGGGGUGGAUUCGGCUUCACACCCCAAAGACUCCUCUGGGCAAAACUAUUCCGCGGCCUGCCCGGACGUUCAACACAGCUGUGGGAGUCUGCAGAUCUGUUGGCGAGCGACUAUGAGAUCGGCACCAUCGUCACCGAUCAUCUCGAGGUCAUCGCCAAAGGGCCGACGUCCAUCUUGUUCCGCGCCGGCAAGUCGCAGGGCACCGCGGGAGAGUCUCUGCGCGACCACGACAGUCUUCUCGAAGUCGCCAUCGACCCGGAUUUUGACGCGGGUGUCGCCGAUCUGAGUAUCAAAACCGCCAUGUAUCAGGGUGCGAGCAAGGCGGCGACGACGGAAAAGCCGAUGGAGAAAGUGCAGCGACUGCAUAUGUGGUAUACGGAAAUGUUGAUGGAGAGUGCAUUGUACUAUCUACGCCGUUGA